AUGUCGAUGCUCCGCACCGCCCGUCUCACCCCCGUCUCCAUCCGCCUGGCUCGUGGCUUUGCCUCUGCUGCUGCCGCCCCCACCACUGUCGGCACCGGCCAGCUCUCGCCGCUCGCUGCCGCUGCCGCCGAGGAGGUCUCGUCCAAGUGGAAGGGCACCUCGGCCACUGGCGGCAAGACCAAGAACUACAUUGGCGGCGAGUUCACAGAGUCCAAGGCCACCAAGUGGCUCGAGGUCCGCGACCCCGCGUCGCAGUACGUUGUCAACUAUGUUCCCGAGACCACCGCCGACGAGUUUGCGCAGGCCUCGGAGGCUGCUGCUGAGGCGUUCAAGACCUGGUCGCAGGUCUCGAUCAUGCGCCGCCAGCGUGUCAUGUUUGAGCUGCAGCACCUCAUCCGCCAGCACACCGACGACAUUGCCAAGUCGAUUGUGCUGGAGCAGGGCAAGACCUUUGCCGAUGCCCAGGGCGACGUUGGCCGUGGUCUCCAGGUUGUUGAGACUGCCACUGCCAUCACCUCCACUCUGCUCGGUGACAAGCUCGAGGUCACCACCGACAUGGACACCUACUCGCGUCGCCACCCCCUCGGUGUCACUGCCGCCAUCACCCCCUUCAACUUCCCCGCCAUGAUUGUCCUCUGGUCCGCGGCCCUCGCCACCGUUACCGGCAACACCCUUAUUGUCAAGCCCUCGGAGCGCGACCCCGGUGCGACCAUGAUCAUUGCCGAGCUCUGUGCCCGUGCCGGUAUGCCUCCCGGAGUCAUCAACGUCGUCCACGGCUCGGCCGACACUGUCAACCGCGUGUGCGACGACAAGAACAUCAAGGCCAUCUCGUUCGUUGGCGGUGACAACGCCGGCAAGCACAUCUUUGACCGUGCCACCGCCCAGGGCAAGCGUGUCCAGGCCAACCUCGGUGCCAAGAACCACUGUGUCAUCAUGCCCGACGCCAACAAGAACCUCACCCUCAACGCCGUUGCCGGUGCUGCGUUCGGCGCCGCUGGCCAGCGCUGCAUGGCCCUCUCGGUCGCCAUCUUCGUCGGCGAGUCGCGCAAGUGGAUCCCCGAGCUCAUCGAGCGUGCCAAGCACCUCAAGCUCUCGGGCGGUUUCGAGAAGGGCACCGACCUCGGCCCCGUCAUCUCGCCCCAGGCCAAGGAGCGCAUCAUCAACCUCAUUUCGUCGGUCGAGACCGAGGGUGGCAAGAUCCUCCUUGACGGUCGCGACGCCAAGGUCGCCGAGUACCCCGCCGGCAACUUUGUCGGUCCCACCGUUGUCGAGGUUGACACCACCAUGUCGGCUUACAAGAACGAGAUCUUCGGCCCCGUCCUCAACAUCAUCUCGGCCGAGACCAUGGACGACGCCGUUGAGAUCAUCAACAAGAACAAGUACGGUAACGGCGCUGCCAUCUUCACCAACUGCGGUGCCACUGCCCGCAAGUUUGAGAUCCAGGCCGAGCCCGGACAGAUUGGUAUCAACGUUGCCGUCCCCGUCCCUCUCCCCAUGUUCAACUGGUCGGGCUCCAAGGGCUCGUUCAUGGGCGACAUCCCCUUCUACGGCAAGACUGGUCUCGAGUUCUACACCCAGCGCAAGACCACCACCGCCCUCUGGCCCCACGCCGACGCUACCGGCACCCGCGCCUCCGUUUCCAUGCCCCAGAUCAACUAA